AUGAUGCUGCGCUUCGCCUCGCGCGCCCUGCGGCACUCAAAACACGUGGUUGCACCCUGCCAACUGCAACUUGUACGAACGCCGGAUCAGCUGCGAUCAUUUGGGCUCUUUUCGGACCUUAAGAACCAGUUGAAGAGCGAGCUCGAACAAAACGCGGAGCUCAAGAAAUCGUUCGAAGAGCUAAACCACACUAGAAAGCAAUUUGAGCACGUCAAAAAGGUCGCCACGGAAAAGGUGAGCGCCGUGGGGUCUAUGACUGGAGAAGCGGCUCGAAGUUUCCAGCAACAGGCAUCUGAGGCCUCCAAGAAGCUGAAAGAGUCUCACUAUGGGACUGCUGAGGCCGGCCACAAAGAAGACGGUGCUGGGAGUAGAUCCAGUAGCGAGAAGUCGAUGGGCGGACGAGCAGAGGACGAGGCUAAGCGAGCUGGAGCCGAUAGUGAGACGAACGAGUCGGUGGAAAACGCGCGUGCUUUUGUGAAGAACUUUUUUGGUGGGCUUGCUGCUCAGAAGAACAAGGUCGUGCAUUCCAGCAGCUUUUCUAAACUGCGCGACGAAUGGAAAGAGGCUGCGCAAGAGCUGUUUGGUAAGAAGGAAAAGCAGACGGUUGACGAGGCACUGGCCUCUGUCCGCACGCCGUCCACGCAGAAAACAAAGAAAGCAGAAACUGACGGCGAAGGGCCUCCGGUGUACACGGGCACCAGUGCGCUGGUCGCAGUGAAGGAGUCGGAUAGCGCGUGGCAGCGUGUGAGCGCUCGUUUCCGCGAAGCCCCGAUAAUUAAGGGCAUUUUGGACGCGGCGAAGCAGGCAGCAAAGACCGAUGCAGGAAAGAGGGUGCAGCAGACGACGAAAAAGGUGAAAGACAAGCUCAAUGACGCGCAGGAAGAGGUGCUUGAGGUUUGGGAGACUAGCCAGAACCCUUGGGUCUAUAGGCUGUCGUCCAUCUAUGACGGACUCUUCGGUGAAACGCCGAUGGGUGUUGCCAUCAAGGAAAUUCGCCGAGCUGAGCCGGACUUUAUCUUGGAGCAGUGGAAAGAGAACAUUGAGAAAGUCGUUCUGCCAGGGGUUUUGGAGGCGUUCCUCCGUGGCAACAGCCGUGACCUCAAGAAAUGGUUCGGCGAAGCGGCGUACUCACGUGUGAACAUCGCCAUUCGGGAGCGCAAGUCGGAGGGUUUGGUCAUGGAUCCGCACGUGCUCAGCAUUGACAACGUGGAAGUCAUUGAGGCUACGGCCGAAGACAAGCAAGCUCCUAUCGUCCUCAUGCGAUUUCAGGCGCAGCAGAUCAACUGCAUUCGCAAUCGAGAGGGCGAAGUUGUCGAGGGGUCUGAGGACGAGGUGCUGGCCUACUAUUACAUUUUUGCCUUCCAGCGCGAGUACGACGAGGAGCUCGAGUCUCUCCGCUGGCGAAUCGUGGAUCUGCACAUGCAGCGCGGCGGUCGGUAUUAUUAG